AUGGCGACGUUCUUCGGAUCGAUCCUGGCGAUCGCGUCUUCUCCUCCGUGGAGCACUUUCUGCUUUUCCCUUGCGGUGGGAUUCGUGAUUUCGGCUUUCUUGAACUUAGCUUUUCUCGGUGCCUCGGCCUCCCUCAUGGUUGACGCUGAGCGACUCGAUCUGUUUGGAGAAGAGGAGGUACCAGUGGAUGUAGAGAAUCCGGGCGAGAGAGCGGAAGAAACCGCACGAGAGAAACUGGAAGAACAUGAAGAAGAAGAUGCCGAAGGACAUGGAAGAAUAGGAAUUGAUCAAACAGAGCAACAUGCUCUAAGCUCCUGUGAGCCUUGGUUGAUGAAGCACUUCCGCUCAUACUGGGAAUGUCUGCUGAGCAGUUCUUGGCUGAAAGCCAUUGUGAUAUUCGUCUUCUGUGUCUACCUGCUUGGCGGAAUCUCGGGAUUCCUGCAAUGCUCAAGAGACCCACACCGAUCCACUCGGAGCCCGGACAUUCCGCGCGUGGCACUCCCCGAGGCUUGGAGAUCGGAUCCGCUCAGGGCUUACCGAGUUUCACUUUAUAUCAACGAGAGCAUCGACUACUGGAAUGUUGAGACACGAGAGCGUCUCAUGGCGAUGCUGAAUGAGUUCGAAAGUUUCUCCCUCAACACUUCGAGGCUUACGACGAAUUGUUGGUUCCGAGAAAUUCCCCGACUCUCCGGAACAGAGGAGACAGCCGAUAUCGAGUCUUCCAACUCAUCGAACAGAGAGAAUGACAUAAGAGCCCUGAAGGAAAUGCUAAGCUCAAAACCUUUCUCCGAAUUCAACCGGGACAUAAAAUUCAAUGAGAACGGCACGGCGAUCGAAGCUUCUCGAUGCAAACUUCUUGCGAGGCGAAUUGUGGAUGCGAACGACGAAAUGACCAUGCUACGCAACUUGGAGCGCAUCGCCGCAAAAUAUCCUGAUCUGAAAUCUUGGAUUGCCGAAACUCUCGAAGAAGGAUUUACAGUGUGGGCCUUCUUUCUUGGCGCCUUUUUUUCUGCUUUAUUUCGAUUCGCAUCCUGGCCUUUCGAAGUUCAGCAUUCGAUUCUAUUCUGCGUGUGGAGUAUCUUCUCCGUGAUUUCUCUCAUAGUCGGAGCCGUCGGCAGUUGCCUCUGGUUUGCACAGGGCUCCUUCCUCGCCAUAUACUUGACCUUCUUCCUCGUGACAUGCUACCCGUUCCAUGAGUGCUACACCACGCAAUGUGCUUUCCUGGGAAAACCCGAGGCAGACUCAGAUGAGAAAGCGCGCGCAGCUUUUCGUUGCCUUCUGUUUCUGUUCGUGGUUUUAUAUAUCGGUUCUUUUUUCUGUGUCUACAUGAUGUUCACCACCGAGACACCCAAGUACGUCUGGGUCUCUUGGCUCAAGGUCGUAGCUCUGAUCGCUUCGUUCGACUGUUUUCAACACAUCUUAUUACUCCCCGCGCUUGUGUCUUCGGAGGAAACUUUCCGCAAAGUCAUGUCGAAAAUGAGUUCCAUCAUUUCGGUUUAA